AUGGAGGAGAUACUUAAAGAGAAAAAUACUUACCAUCUACAGAAUGUAUUUGACGAAAGCCCAGGGAUUAUUGAUGUUUUAUUUUCAUUAAGACAUGAUGAAAAGGCUGUACUAGUUGGAACAUGUGGUGGAAAUGUGGAGACUGUCAGAUAUUUAGAUACACAAGAAGAUUUGUCGUCAGGGAAAUACGCAAGGACAACAGCAAACGAAACCAUCGUAGCCGAUACAACAACAGUUGCACUAAAAUUAAAGACUUCGUCUGGAACAACACAUAAUCAGAUGACAAGUAAUAUGUCGAUUUCCUCCGAAGCAUCAACGCAAAUGUCAACAGUAAAGAAAUCACAUAUCUCAUCUGGAGCAUCAACUCCACACUUUACAGCUUCAAUUGACCGAACUACUAAUAUGGAAGUCGGUAUGGAUACAACUCGAACUGAAACAAACGAAGUAACAAGACAUCAAUUGUCGUUAACGUCUACAGAUGAAGCAACAUCUAUUUUUAAAUCAUCUGCUCCACGUUUAACAGAUGGAACGAUUAGAACGUCUACAAAAUCUGAAACAAGGCUGUCUACUCCUAAGGGUGAAGGUUCAAUGUUAGUCGAUGAAACACCAUCGAAUAUUAUGUUUGAAGCAUCAACUCCACACUAUACUGCUUCUAUUGACCGAGCUACUAAUAUAGAAGUCGAUAUGGAUACAACUCAAACCCAAACACCGGACGUAACAAGUCAAUUGUCGACAAAUCACCUGUCAGCUACAAAUAAGGAAGUUUCUACCAAAUCAGCAGUAACAACUGGAAUAUCUAAAACUUCAAUAUCUGACACUAAAGCCGAAGCUGCACGUAAAGCAUAUACAUCAAACGGUGUUUCUGACACUCAAACCGAAGCUGCACGUAAAGCAUAUACAUCAAACGGUGUUUCUGACCAUCAAACCGAAGCUACACGUAAAGCAUAUACAUCUAACGGUGUUUCUGACACUCAAACUGAAGCUGCACGUAAAGCAUAUACAUCAAACGGUGUUUCUGACACUCAAACCGAAGCUGCACGUAAAGCAUUUACAUCUAACGGUGUUUCUGACACUGAAACUGAAGCAACACGUAAAGCAUACAAAUCUUAUGGUGUUUCUGACCCUCAAACUGAAGCUACACGUGAAGCACAUACAUCUAACGGUGUUUCUGACACUGAAACUGAAGCAACACGUGAAGCAUACAAAUCUUAUGGUGUUUCUGACACUAACACUGAAGCUACACGUGAAGCGGAUACAUCUUAUGGUGUUUCUGACACUCAAAUUGAAGCUACACGUGAGGCAUAUACAUCUAACGGUGUAUCUGACCCUCAAACUGAGGCUUCACGUGAAGCAUAUACAUCUAACGGUGUUUCUGAACAUCAAACUGAAGCCUCACGUGAAGCUUACACAUCUUAUGGUGUUUCUGACACCAACACUGAAGCUACACGUGAAGCAUAUACAUCUAAAGGUCUUUCUGUUACUCAACAAACAAAAAUAAUUCGUAGAGUCUUCAAUACAAAAUUUAUUUCAGAGACUACUACAUCUACGACAAGCAACUCGUCAGAAGUAGACCAAAAGAAACGUCUGGAACUAACAAGUACAGCAGAAGGCAUAAAGAAUGAAACUUGUAUCCAAAAAUGUAACUGUCUGUCUUUUAUUAAUUUGAGACCAGAAGAAAUUCUUCAGAUGGUGGAGAAUUUGGUAAAAGAAUUAAAGAUUGAUAAAAAAGAAACAACUUUAGCAAAGAAUAAAAAAAUAAGUGCAGCAGAUGAGAGACCAUCAUCACAAGCUAUAGGCCUUCUUGGAAUUCUGAUGUUGUGUUCCUCUAUAGGAAUUAUAAUACUAAGUGAUAUUGAAACCUUUGUACGGUUUAUAAAGAUUACAUUCUGUUCAAAACGGAGAAAACUAAAUUAA